AAUGUGGAACAGUUUAGCAAACGUCUUGAUAAAUUAUUUGACAUUGCAAAUUGUGCUGCACUAAAAAAUUUACCGAAAAAUUUGCAGCAAUUUUUGACAGAUUGUCGUAAAGGAAAUAGAAAUAUCCAUCUACCAGCAAUUGACGUUAUACCAGAAGAAACUUCUGGAAAUCUGUCUGCGAUGGAAGUAGAAACUCCCAAUAAUGAGGAAAUUGGAAUGAAAUUAUCCCAACAGUCGUCCUUAAAUAGUUUCUGUAGUUCCAUAUCAAAUUCCAGUGAAUUGAAGCGAACUUGUUCAGACUUUGAAGAUACAAUGCCAGCGCCUAAGAAAAAUAAAAUUGAUAUUCUGACUUCGGAAUUAGUAUUAGCACUAGAUAGAACUAAAACUAGUAACAGAAAUGCGAUGUACAUCAUUUCUGCUGUUAUUCAAAGUUUAGGACUUGAGAUUGAUAAAUAUAAUUUAAGUUACUCCACUAUUCGCAAUGCGCGUAUUUCAAAAAGAGAAGAAAUUGUCGAUACGAUCAAAGAAGAAGAAAUUUUUGAUGACUCUCUCGUAGUGCACUGGGAUGGAAAGAUGCUUCCUGCGGGAAAUGGUCAACCAAAAGCAGAACGAUUAUCAAUACACGUCACCGGAAUAAAUACUGAUAAAAAUUUAAAAACUCCGAUUCUCUCUGAUGGCACAGGUGAAAGCCAAGCUUCAGCCAUUUUUGAAACGCUGAUAGAGUGGGAUCUUUGCGAUAAUGUUAAAGCAAUGUGCUUUGAUACAACUAGUUCAAAUACCGGUUGUUUUAAUGGCGCAUGUGCAUUAUUAGAAGAUAAAAUUGGCCGUGACUUAUUAUAUCUUGCUUGUCGCCAUCAUACUUCUGAAUUGAUGUUACGAAAUGUUGCAGAAGUUGCUUGGCCAGUGACGAAUAGUCCAAAUGUACCAAUUUUCAAAAGACUCAGAGAUAAUUGGGAAAAAAUUGAUAAAUCUGCGUAUGAAAUCGGCACAGAGGAUAAAGAUAUUGCACUUAUUUUAAAUCAAAGAAAAGACGAUAUUCUUGACUUCAUAGAAAAUCAACUGAAGAAUCAUCAUCCGAGAAAUGAUUACAAGGAGUUUUUGGAGCUGAACUGUAUCUUUUUGGGUGGUAUCAAAAGUCAUAGAGCCGAAUUUAAAGCACCUGGUGCUUUUCAUCACGCACGGUGGUUAUCGAAAGCUCUCCAAAAGCAAUCCAAACUCGUUGUUUAUUUUUGA